GAGCUCUGCCCGCUGCCGCCUCGGUUUUGCUCCGCCGGCCGCCGAAGCCCGGCGAGCGGUGAGCCGCCGGCAUGGGGCCUGCUGAGGAGCUGGUCCGGAUUGCCAAGAAAUUGGAUAAGAUGGUGGCCAGGAAGAGCACGGAAGGGGCACUGGAUCUGCUCAAGUCCCUCACCGGCUACACCAUGACAAUCCAGCUGCUCCAGACCACACGCAUUGGGGUGGCCGUCAACUCGGUGCGGAAACACUGCUCGGACGAAGAGGUGGUGGCCUCGGCCAAAAUCCUCAUCAAGAACUGGAAGCGGCUGCUGGAGUCCUCCACCACCCCGAAGAAAGAGAAAGACACGGACGGGGAGAAGGAGAAGGAGAAGAAGGAGAAGGGGCUGGAUUUUUCCAGCUGCCCCAACGAAGGGGCAAAGCACCCCAAGAGCCCAGCUGAGAAGCACAGGGAGAAGCACAAAGAGAGGAAGCCCAGCAAGUCCGGCUCUCAUGCCACCACCCCCCGGGGCCACCCUGCCGACUCCAUCCCGGAGAGGGAGUCCAGCGAUGGCCGGAGCCCCACUGCGUCCUCGAAGAAGUCACCUCAGGAUGGCAAGAAAGAGAGGAGAGACUCUGCCGACUCGAGGUCCUCCACCACCUUGGCCGUCUCCUCCUCUUCCUCCCCACAGAAGAGACCCUCGGGGGAGAGGAGAGCCUCUCUGGGCACCAGCCCCUCGCCAGCUCCCACCGGCUCCCGGAGAAACUCCAGUGACAGCAAAGAGGAAAGAGCCAACAGCAGCAAGGCCAAAGCGGAGACGCCGCGGACCCCCACCAGCCCCCCCUUCUCGCCCAGCCCCUGCCUCCUGGCCCCCUGCUAUCUCACGGGGGACUCGGUGCGGGACAAGUGCAUCGAGAUGCUGACAGCCGCCCUCCGCAUGGACGAUGACUACAAGGAGUUCGGUGUCAACUGCGAGAAGAUGGCAUCGGAGAUCGAAGACCAUAUCUUCCAGGAGCUGAAGAGCACGGACAUGAAGUAUCGCAACCGGGUGCGGAGCAGGAUCAGCAACCUGAAGGACCCCAAGAACCCCAGCCUGCGGAGGAACGUGCUGUGCGGGGCCAUCCUGCCCAGCCUCAUUGCCCGCAUGACCGCCGAGGAGAUGGCCAGCGAUGAGCUGAAGGAGCUGAGGAAUGCCAUGACCCAAGAGGCCAUCCGGGAGCACCAGAUGGCCAAGACGGGCGGCACCGUCACCGACCUCUUCCAGUGCGGCAAGUGCAAGAAGAAGAAUUGCACGUACAACCAGGUGCAGACGCGCAGCGCCGAUGAGCCCAUGACGACAUUCGUGCUGUGCAACGAAUGCGGGAACCGCUGGAAGUUCUGCUGAUGGCGCCUGGCGAUGGGGCUGGAGGGGACACGGUGCAAGAUGGGAUGCUGUGACGGCCACAUCGGGCAGCUGGGGUGGGGAGGGAGGGUGACAGGGUGGCACCGGUCCCCCCAUCCCGGCUACCUGUUUCCUGGUACUGGGCUCCCUCGAACAUCCCAGGGAGCCGGGCUCUGGCGACAGGCGGGUUUGCUCGGGAAGACCCUGAUGAAUUUGGGCGAUUCCUCCCUGUAAAUACUUGCCCUUUCCUUGGGGUGCGCUGGGAUCCACUGGGAACAGACGCAUCCCCAGAAAGGGAAACUGGUUUGACCUGGGCAGCUUGCCCUUUGCUGGGGGAAAGCUGGAUUUGGAUGAUUUGGGGGCAGGAGGGAUGUUGCCCCGUGGA